AUGCGUCCCUCGUUUCAUAACCCUGGUGUUGGAUCUGCUGCGCUCACAAGACUCGAACCGGCGACAAUUGAGCACUACAGUCGGGAUGUUGCACCUUUGUUGUUUGUUCUUGUGCACUUGGAUAAGUUGUCUGUGUCGGGUGUUGUCUUGAACAAGCCGAGUGUGUCGUCCGCUCUACUCAUGGAGGAGCUGGGAAAGGGGAUGAAAAUCUCUGAAAAGGCGCAUCAUUUGCGUACGAUUCUCAUUCACGUUCUUGAGGACCUCAGCACUUCUGACUUCCUCUUCAUGCUUAUUCGCAUGCUACCUUAUAAGCUCAGCACCUAUCAGGAAGGGCCCAUGGAGCUU